UACGAGGAGAACAACCUUCUAGUCAAUUCUAAAUUUAACAGGCAACCAAUGAAGUCAAGCAAGCACCAGACGUUUCUUAGUACAUGUAAGUACCCCCGCAGCCACAUGCUGUACCAGUUGGAGAUUUUUCAUGGAUGAAUUAGUGCCACCAGAAAGCUUUAUACAGACCCCUCCUCUUGUUGCUUGAGGUCCCACUGAGAUGAUGCCUUCUGACCCACUCUGAUCGAGCUGCGACUUUAAGACUCAGGUAAUUGUCCCUUUGUAACCUAAUCUCAGCCUUUAAUAAGUGAUGUGCUUGUGGGAGCUCACCCUGCUGAGCUGGUUCAGUUUGCCUCACAAAGACGGAACACACAACAUCCACCUAAGGCAAAGAAGACUAUUGAGAAUAACCAUCAGCCGAGGAACCAGUCCCAGUUAUCUAACAGUCUGCCACUUGGAUACACCUGGCCAUGAAUCCUGAAUAUGACUAUUUAUUCAAGCUGCUUCUGAUUGGAGAUUCCGGAGUGGGCAAGUCCUGUCUGCUGCUGCGUUUUGCGGAUGACACUUACACAGAGAGCUACAUCAGCACCAUUGGGGUGGACUUCAAGAUCAGGACUAUUGAAAUGGAGGGGAAGACUGUCAAGUUGCAAAUCUGGGACACAGCAGGUCAAGAGAGAUUCAGAACCAUCACAUCCAGUUACUACAGAGGAGCCCAUGGCAUCAUAAUAGUCUAUGAUGUCACUGAUCAGGAGUCCUUUAACAACGUGAAGCAAUGGCUGGAGGAGAUUGAUCGAUAUGCCUGUGAAAAUGUUUCCAAGCUGCUGGUGGGGAACAAGAGUGAUCUGGCUAACAAAAAAGUUGUUGACUUCACUACUGGAAAGGAAUUUGCCAUGUCACUUCAGGUUCCAUUCCUGGAAACAAGUGCAAAGAAUGCCAGUAAUGUGGAAAAGGCUUUCCUGACCAUGGCCACAGAAAUCCAGAAGCGCCUGGGCAGCAGUGACGUUCAGAAUGAGACUUCUAAAGUUAGCUCUAAAAUCAACAGCGCCCCCCUGUGGCUUGGAGGAGAAAAGGCAGCAGCAGAGGACGUCAACUCUUGCUGUUGACCACACAGAUAAGACCCAGACCCCAGCGUGAAGGAUCGUGAAAUCAUGCUAAACUUAAACUUUUCCUAUUGGUACCUAAAUAUUAAUUUCUUUAAAAAUUGAUCUGUUUUCCUAAUCACACCUUAUAAAUAAGUGUGUGAUGUUUGCAGUUUCACCAGGAUUCACAAAAGCCCAUUAUGCCAUGACAUUACAGAGAUCAGAACAAUUCCAAUAGGAAUCACAUUGAAUGCACAGGCUGAAACACCUUUAUGAUUUUGUCAGGUAUGAUGUCCAGACAUAGAGUUCAUAGAAUUCCUACCAAAAUGCCAGUUAGUUUGGUUCUUCAUACAAAUGUGUCCACAUUAUAGCAUUUAAAAAACUCCUGGAAGAGAGGGGAGUGGGAUUUUGAAAGGGGAGAGUGGUUUGUGUUUUUGGGUUUUCUUUAUAACCCUAAAUGACCAGUUCCAGAUGAUAACCAAACAGUCACCUGUUUAAAGAUGUUUAUUAGGGUGAUUUCAGUCAGGUGACAUCAUUAAA